UUGACGCUUGAUGUCACUGCGAGAGACUACCUUAUCUGUGUAUUUUUUGUUUCUACAAUCGAGAUGAAUAUCGUCGAGUGGGCAUUCGGAAAGCGCAUGACGCCUGCGGAGCGUCUUCGCAAGCACCAGAGAGCGCUCGAGAGGACACAGCGUGAACUCGACCGGGAAAGAGUCAAAUUGGAGAACCAGGAGAAGAAGCUGGUCCAAGACAUCAAGAAGAGUGCCAAGAAUGGCCAAAUUGGUGCCUGCAAGAUCCAGGCCAAGGACUUGGUUCGGACGAGAAGAUACAUCCAGAAAUUCCAUCAAAUGCGCACUCAGCUACAGGCCAUCUCACUACGCAUCCAGACUGUGCGGAGCAACGAGCAAAUGAUGCAGUCUAUGAAGGGGGCCACAAUGCUUUUGGGUAGUAUGAACCGGCAGAUGAAUCUUCCCGCCCUACAACGUAUUGCCAUGGAGUUUGAACGGGAGAACGAGAUCAUGGAUGAACGCCAAGAGAUGAUGGAUGACGCUAUCGACGAAGCGACUGGUAUUGACGAUGAAGAAGAGGGAGAGGAAAUCGUCAAGGAGAUUCUUGACGAAAUUGGCGUCGAUUUAAACCAGUCGCUCGGGGAGACUCCUACUGGUAUACAGAGUACUGCAGUCGGAGAAACGCGGGUUGCCCAAGCUAUUGGUGGCGGGCCGACCACGAGCGACGAUGAUCUCCAAGCCAGACUUGACAGCCUGCGGCGAUGAAAGCUGCAAUAAUACACUGACAUUUUCAUUACUGUCAUUCCGCGGUUGUUUUCUCUACUUGUUCUAUACGAUGCCUUGGGAAUAGGGGUCUGAUGGGUUGCAGACCCAGUUUGAUUUGGAUUCGUUUUUUAGGGGAACUCACCUUGCUUGU